AUGGGCCCUCUCAGAGACGAUGGCGCCCGCAGGGUCCCGACGCCCCCAGGGGCCCUCCCAAAACCGGUGGCGCUAGCAGGUGUCCCUGCCAGGUGGGGGUGGAACCUCCAGGGGCCAGCCCAAAGACAGCGGAGCCCCCAGGAGCACUGCCAGGGGGGCAAAACGCUCUCAGGGGCCCUCCCAGAGGGGGUGGCGCCUCCAGGGGCCUUUCCAGGGUCGGGGGCGCCCCCAGGGGACUUCCCAGGGUCAGUGGUGCCCCUAGGGGCUCACCUUAGAGGCAGCAGAGCCUCCAGGGUCCCUCUCAGAGACGGUGGCGCCCGCACAGUCCCUCUCAGGUUCGGUGGCGCAUCUACGGGCCCUCCCAGGGACAGCGGCGACCCCAGGGGAUCUCCUAGGGAUGGUGGUGGGCCCAAGAGCCCGUCCAGAGAUGGUGGUGCCGGCAGGGCCCCUGCCAAAGGCAGUGGUGGCUCCAGGGGCCCGCACAGGGUUAGCGACGCCCCCAAGGGCCCUCCCAAAAGCGGUGGCGCCAGCAGGUGUCUCUGCCAGGUGGGGGUGGAGCCUCCAUGGGCCCUCCUAGGUACGGUGGCGCCAACAGGGGACCUCCGAGGGCCGGCCGGUGGUCCUUCCAGCGACCCUGCCAGGGGCUGUGGCACCACCAGGGAACCUCGCAGGGGCGGUGGUAACCCAAGAGGCCCUGCCAAGGGUGCUGGCGCCCCCAGGGCCUUUCCUUAG